AUGGGCCUUUCAAGACGAAUAAUUGUUUUCCUUGCUCUCUUAAAGACAAUAUCAGCACGGAUUAGUUUUUUUGAUGAAUGAUUAACAAACUCAGGUUACCUUAAUGGAAACGAUAAAAUGACUUCCAAUGAUAAUAAUGAUUUGCUUGUAACUAAGCCAUCAACUGAUCUUACAAAUAAAUUUUCAUGCUUCUUAAUGGUCUUGAACGGUGAAACAUGGGACUUAGAAGGAGAUUUCUCAAGCAGAGUUUCUGGAAAUGAAGUCGCAGUGGGCUAUUGGGUAAAGUUUUCAAAUACUGUCAGCAAUAAAGUGUUCCAAUUUGGAUUCAGUUCUGGCCCUCAUUAUAUCAUCUCAUCAGUGAGUAAUGGCGUACUAAAUGGAGUAUUCUACAAAGACGCCUCCACAACUGAUCCUAAGAACAAUUUUUCAUUUACAAUUCCGAUAAGUAAUUUUUAUGUAGAUAAGUGGAAUCUCGUCGUAUUUUAUUUUCAACAGAUAAAUUCAGACGUUACUUUAAAUAUUCUAAUUUCGAACAAAGGGAAAACAUCUAUAACUUCUGAUGCAAGCUCAUCUACACCUUUCCAGCUUCCUCAAGGCUAUAUGACUUUCAGUAGUUCAGUUCAUGGUUUCUUAUAUAGCAUUUUUGCGAUAGCAUCUGCCUAUUUUGAGGGCACAGAAUAUAGAGAAGUUAUUCUUAAAGAUACUAAUCUUAAUGUGGGUAAACAGUCUAAAGUUUGCUCUCAGAAUUGUGCAGAUGAUUUAUGUGAUGCAGAAGGAGACUGUAUUUCCAGUUAUAGUCAAUGUCAUUGCGCUACGGGAACAACAGUUUGUGAUUCCUGCUCUGAGCCAGCUCGCGAUUUUAGUAAUUAUUGUUUGAGAUGCAAAUAUGGAAAUUCAUUUAAGAAUCAUCACUGUAUUUUUUACUUUAGGCUGCUCUAACACCCUUACUAAUUGUCUUGAUUGUUCACCCUUAUCAGCCACUGUUUGUACUUUAUGUUCAACAGGCUACUUCCUCUACAAUAACGGAGCAGGCACUGUAUCUUGCAUCUGUAAAUUAUAUUUAGCUUGCACUGACUCCUGCACUUCUUGCAACCCAAAUCCUCAGUGUUUCGAAUGUGCUUCAUCAAUCGUUCAAGACGGAAGUACUUGCAGAGUUGAUAGCAUUGGCUUCCAAAUCGGCUUCAGUAAGCCAAACUUCGAAAUCAACUUCGCUAGCCCUCUCACCUAUGAUUUGACGAUCAGCUCCAUUAAAGCCUUUUCAGAUGCUUCUCCUUCAACGCUUUUAACAACAACUGGAUGGACGCUUAAUACAUGCAACUCAGGCGCAUCUCAGUGCAAUAUUGUGACUGACCUUACAGAAAGCCAGCUCCCAAUUUCUCUUGUAUUGGAAUUUAACCAAGCCUAA